CUCUCUCUCUGCAACGUCCCUUUAUUCACCUAAUAAUGGCAGAUACCCGUUACGACAUUACUGUCUUUGGAGCAACCGGAUUAACCGGUAGUCACAUUGUUGAACAUGUCUUUGAAUUGUCUGUGUCGCAACCCGAAAUGUAUGCCCAAGGCUUUCGUUGGGCGAUCGCAGGACGCAAUCAAGAACGCAUGAAGGAGCUCGUGCAAGAGUACAUGAGCAAAUACCCCGGUGCAACUAUACCCGAACCAGAUAUUCUUAUCGCUAACGUGGUGCGCCGCGAUACUACAGACGCCAUGGCCAAGCAAUCCAAGGUCAUUAUCAACGCUGUUGGACCUUUCCGGUUCGCAGGAGAAUACGUUGUGCGUUCUUGCGUUGAAAAUAAGUGUGACUAUGUUGACGUUACAGGUGAGCCGGAGUUCGUUGAACGAAUGCAACGGACGUACCAUGAUCAAGCUCGCAAGAACGGCACGACGAUUGUCCAUUGCUGUGGAUUUGAUAGUAUACCUGCCGAUAUGGGAUCACUGUUUGUCAAGGAACUUUACGAAGCAAAAGGAUGGUCACCAGUACACAUCGAAAUGUUUCUAAGAAUGUAUUCCGGAGAAACAGGACUCCAUGGUGGUUUUGGUACCUACGAGUCAGCAGUGCAUGGCGUUGGUAGUGCCGAAGUGUUGAGAGAAAUGCGAAAGGUGUCUGGACUAGCUAAACUGCCUCGUCCCGGUCCACCGCUCAAGCUAAAAAAUGGGGUCCACUUCAAUCGAGAUAUGCAAAUGUACACGAUCCCCUUUCCAGGUUCCGAUUCCAGCGUUGUUCGACUCUCGCAGCAACUACUAUUGAGUGGUUAUGGUCAGCCACCCAAACCAGUGACCAACAAGACGAUGCCACCCACAAUCCAGUUUACCGCCUAUAUUCUAUUACCGUCGUUCUGGAUUAUGGUCUUGAUGGUGGUCUAUGGUACUAUCUUUUCGUUCCUUGCAGCGACCCCCUGGGGACGUAAUCUACUGUUGAACCAUCCAGAGCGCUUUUCGCAUGGCGUAUUCUCCAAAAAGAAUCCAACGGACGAACAACUGAAAGAUUCAAGCUUUGAAAUGACCCUUUUGGCCAAGGGAUACACAUCGCGCACUGUUCCAAACGGUAACGUCGACCCUGAUUGUAAUGCCAAAAUUGUUGUGCGGGGUCCCGAACCAGGUUAUAUUGCAACCCCACGUAUCGUGCUCCAGUCUGCACUGGCCUUGUUGCAAGGCAAAGCGAACGGUCAGGUUCCCUUUGGUGUUUUGACACCGAGCGCUGCGUUCUGGAACACAGACCUGCUCAAACGAUUACCGUCUGUAGGCAUCUCUUUAGAAGAGGUGGUUUGGAAAGAAAAGAUAACUAAAUAAACGUGGGGGUUGAUAGUAGUGACGCUGACUCGAUUCAUGGAAUUCUUUUAUUUAAGAAACGUCGCCAG